AUGCUGGACACUGGUCAAUGGAGAACCCGCUAUUGUAAUCAGGAUAUAUCUUCGCGCUUCUUGUAUCAGCCCUGCUAUAAUGAUCUGGGGCUUGAUGCUCGUUACAUAACUGAGGUCCUUUACGCUUCGGCAUACAACUCUGUGACCAACGAAGUCGACCACAAUAAAGCAGAUAAUGACUCAUAUAAAAGAGGUGGUUUAGAACAGAUUGACUCCCUUGAUGGAUUCCCGCACAACAAACGGAAUAGCCAUGCCUCCAAGGAUCAUAAAGGCGGAGAUGAUGAAGAUCGUCCAAACGAAGAAGGUGCAGGUCUCCGUAUCGGCUCUGACCCUGGUUCAACCCUGACUUGA